CUGUGCUGGUCGCCAAUCUUGAUUCGGUUCCUUUAACAGUGAUAGGAUUACAACAGCUUUACCUAUUUUGGCUCAAAAAUACUCACAUGUGUACACUAAUACGCAGUUUUCGUGAUAGUGAAGUCACAACGCUAGGAAGAGAAAUCUUACUGUUAUCGAUUUUCCUCUGUUAGGCUGUAAGCUCACCACAUAUAUGUACUCCUUCGCGAUUUGAUUAUUACGGUGGUGUGCGUAUGCAGGAAGCAGAACGAACGUGCCGGAUUGAAUAAAUGUGAAAAUAAUACUACGGAAUGAACAGAGAAUAACAACAAAAAAAAAACAACGGCAGCACUAUAAAUACCAUCACAUAUCGAGGCAAGUGUAGAAAAAAUAUCAAUUACGAAAUUACAACCGAAUUCGGAGAGUGUUGCAAACGAGAAAACAGAGAGUGUGGUGCGUGCAUUCUAUCUGAGUGGUGUGUUUAGUAAGCAGUGCACUUGCCGUGCAUCAUUGUCAUUCAAUACAUGAGCAGCAUGCUAGAUGUCAACUCCGGUAGUAGGCUGUGACUGAGUGACAGAUAGAUCGAGAGAACAGUAGGCCGAUGUUUCAAUGAUGAGACAGACGUACGCGUAGUGCAAUCAUCAACAAACAGCAAAGGCCUAUUGCAAACAAGAAACAUCAAUUAAGAAUCGCGCAUAUCAGCAAUUUCGUUAGAGCGCUGCGAACAAAACGAUGCAACAAAGUUGACUCAUAUCAGGAACGUGUGAGCAAAGCCGCCCGUAAUCUUCGCGAUGUGAUUUCACACGAUCUUUGAAAGAUCUCAAUCAAACAGUGAAUCGAUCGGACCGAUCGAGAUUAUUUGCUUGCCAAAAACCAGUUAUUUGAGAAAAAAAUAAACAGAUAAACAAAAAUUACACUAAGCACAAUGGGACUGAUAGGUAGACGAAGAUCGAGCUUCCUAAAGAUCAUCGCUCUGCUGGCGGUAGUAUGGUUUAUGUUUGUUUUCGUCAUAUACUCCGAUGAUGGAAGUGGAAGUUCAGGUCGUUCGGUGGGUAGUGGCAGUGCGGCCGGUCCGGGCGGAAGCGCAUUUGAGGCUCCGAGGAGGCUACCGCUUCAGGGCAUACGGGAUAAGUUGAAUCAGUUUAUCAUCAACGCUCGAGAAGAUGCCAACAAGGACGAACUGGGUCAGGACGGAGACGUAGGAGGAGACUACGUUGAUAACAACAUUGAUCGUGAUGAAAAUGUGGCCGUCAAAUCUGCUGAGAAGAUAUCGCAGAAGAAAAUUCCACCGAAAAGCAGAAAGAGGAACGAGAACGCCGAUCCCGAAGGAGUGAUAGCUCCACCGAACGAGGACAGUUUGGAUUCGCCUGGUGCGAUGGGUAAACCGAUGAUUUUACCGAAGGACAUGUCUCCGGAGAUGAAAAAAGCUGUCGACGAUGGUUGGACGAAGAAUGCCUUCAACCAGUACGCUGCCGACUUGAUCUCCAUUCGCCGUAGUCUUCCUGAUCCGCGGGAUCAGUGGUGUAAGGAACCGGGACGCUACCAAACCGAUCUUCCUGCCACCUCGGUCAUCAUUUGCUUCCACAACGAAGCCUGGUCAGUGCUGUUGCGAACGGUGCAUUCGGUGCUCGAUCGCUCGCCUGAACCUUUGGUAAAAGAGGUCAUUCUAGUGGAUGACUUUUCGGAUAUGCCGCACACGCAGAAGCAGCUCGAGGAUUAUUUUGCUGCAUAUCCACGAGUGAAGAUCGUCCGAGCACCAAAACGAGAAGGGUUGAUUCGCGCUCGGUUGCUAGGUGCUCGUUAUGCUACUGCUCCCGUACUGACCUACUUGGAUUCCCAUUGCGAGUGUACAACUGGAUGGUUGGAGCCACUGCUUGACCGUAUUGCGAAGAAUUCAACUACCGUUGUUUGUCCGGUAAUUGACGUGAUUGACGAUAAUACGAUGGAGUAUCAUUAUCGGGACUCCGGCGGAGUCAAUGUUGGAGGAUUCGAUUGGAAUCUACAGUUCAAUUGGCAUGCAGUACCGGAGAGGGAGAAGAAGAGACACAGGAGCACCGCUGAACCCGUAUGGUCUCCGACGAUGGCAGGUGGCUUAUUUGCAAUCGAUAAAGAGUUUUUCGAGCGGCUUGGAACGUACGACUCUGGAUUCGAUAUCUGGGGUGGUGAAAAUCUGGAGCUUUCUUUUAAGACGUGGAUGUGUGGCGGAACACUGGAAAUCGUUCCUUGUUCCCAUGUCGGUCACAUUUUUCGGAAGCGGUCACCUUACAAGUGGCGAACGGGUGUGAAUGUGAUCAAACGGAACUCGGUUCGACUGGCGGAGGUUUGGUUGGACGAAUACGCCAAAUAUUAUUACCAAAGGAUUGGUAACGACAAGGGCGACUACGGCGAUGUGACUUCACGGAAGCAACUUCGCGAGGAUUUGGGCUGCAAGUCAUUCCGGUGGUAUCUGGAUAACAUUUUCCCGGAGUUGUUUAUACCCGGAGAAGCGGUCGCUUCCGGAGAGGUAAGGAACAUGGGAUACGGAAACCGCACAUGUUUGGAUGCUCCCGGAGGCAAGAAAAAUCUACGGAAACCAGCCGGACUUUAUCCUUGUCAUAACCAAGGCGGAAAUCAAUACUGGAUGCUCAGCAAAACGGGUGAAAUUCGUCGGGACGAGGCAUGUCUGGACUACGCCGGUCAGGAUGUGAUACUGUACCCGUGCCACGGUUCCAAGGGUAAUCAAUUCUGGAACUAUUCCCCUAGUUCACGCCUACUGCGGCACGGUUCAUCCGACAAAUGUCUGGCCAUCAACGAGGGCAAGCAGAAGCUCAUUAUGGCCGACUGCGAUCCAACGGUCGACGCACAAAAAUGGAUAUUUCAGAACUACGAUCCCAGCAAGCUGUGAAACUACAAUACUUCUGAAAGUUCGUCCGACUGAGACAAAUCAGUAACUUCUCGAUGAGUUGGAUGAAUUGAGCAGAUCAUUCCAAGUCAAGUAGGACUGUGUAGUUUUUAAUUACGGAUUCAAACCAUUUUGUUUAUUUUCUUCGAGAGAUACAGACAAACCGAUAGUCGUAGAUAGAAAAAUUGAUUUUAAUGUGAUUUUUAUGGUAAACUAUUAUUUAAUCAAUUGAGUGAGCUUUUCUAUACUAUCUGUCAUCUAAGAUAUGAGAUGGUUGAUUCCACUGGUAGCUCAUUUUUUUCCAAAAUAAUCCUAAAUGUUCCCUAGCGAAACCGUCAACUGCCAUAAACAUUUUCCGAACUGAAUCACGUAUUUUCCGAUAGAUGUUUUGUUUUGAUUUUACAUUCAAGUACAACCCUCUUAAACAAAGAGUCAAAAGAUUUCAAAAUAUGCACCAUCCUCGGCGCUUACAGAGGCCCAUGCGUUUCUUACUAUGGUUUCCGUUUUUGCUACUGGAAAGAAAACUACCAGCAGCCUGCUGGGAUUGAGUCGAUCAAUUUCGCUUAGUAUGUCUGUAAAUCGAAAUCGAAAUGAUAAAUUCCAACUGAAAUCUACAUUCCAAUUUAGCUAAACAUAACCUAGUGUAAAGUUUAGAGUGUAUAGUAGUAUACAAAGGCAGACAAAUGCUGCUCCUCAAACAUAUCAAAGAACGACAUUCAGCGAAGAAGUUUGCCAUAUAGUUGAGCUGAUUUUUUCUGACUUUCCCGGGUAGUUUUUUAAUCUGAAACUUAUAGCAACAACCAUUACUGACAUAUCUAGGAAACGUAUUUCUUCCCGUUAUUACAUUCAACUCUACAAAGAAAAACAAGAACUAACUGCAAGAGAGACUUUUGAACUGUUCUUUUACCCUAUAUUCCUAUAUAUCGAAUAAGUUGACAAAUGGGAUUAUAGAUCCCCUAUUCUAUUGUUGAACUUAAAUCUUAAACCCACACUCACACACACAACUAUAACUAUCGUAAGGAGUGGAAAAUGUCUGAACGAGUGCGAUUAUGAUCGAUCGAAGAUCGUGAGUAGAGUUCCGAACAAAAUGCGAAUGAAUGAGCGAGUUUCUACACGUGCCUUGUAAAUUAUUGUCAGUAAGUUUAAUUGGUUUAAAAUUGAACAACCAAGCGAUUACUUAAAUCAAUCCGUAAACUUACAGAACAAGUGAAAGAAAAUAUGUUAUUUUAAACAGUUGUACUUAGUUCCAAGUUCUAGUUAUACAAUGCGAAAGUUGUAGAACUAAAUUAUUAAGCAAUCACAACAAAUAAUACUAGUACUUGUAAAUACAUAACUUGAUUAGUAAAUAUUGAAAAGGAACAAAAAAAAACUUUCAAUGCAAUAAAAAAAAUCAUCUGAAAAGCAAACAACUUAGAUUAUAGCGACCACAAAAUUAUCAAGCAAAAGAUGAAAAUACUUUAAAAGUAGGUUUACUUGAUGUGAAAGCAUUAUGUAAAAGUAGUCGCGAGAGUACAGUUCUUGCAAAUAGGAAAACAAAAGGAGGUUCGUCAAUCUUCCAGGAAUUAGUAACUAUUCUACUUGCUACAUUUAGCUCUUUUGUACAGUUAACGAGAAUUACAUAUCUUCACAGAUAUACAGAACAGAACGAAAAA